AUGAGAAAUCUACAGCUUGGCAUCCUGUAUGGGUGUCGCUGGAUUUACAAACAAACCCAAAGAGGCUUGGCCAGACGUUCUUACCCCAUGAACAAGCCACUGACGUUGCUACUCUGGGCCGUUCUUUUGCUGGAACUGCUGGCUCGCGCCAUCCCUUUUCCCAAAGCGGACUUUGUCCUCAAGCCUCUGCUCAUGCCCAUCUUAGCCGGUGCAUUUCUGCUGGGAAGCCCCAAGCACGGUCAGCGCAUAUUGGUCACGGCUGCGCUCUUCUUCUCAUGGCUGGGGGACGUCUUUUUGCUGUUUGAGGGGUAUUUUGUCUUUGGCUUGGCAAGCUUUCUCGUCGCACACGUCAUAUAUGUGGUGAUAUUCCAGAAAGAACGAGGCACACUGCUGCUCAGGCGCCCUUGGAUAGCUGUCCCAUUUCUGCUGAUGACGUUGGCCUUUUAUUGGUUUGCACGGCGGGGGCUUGGAAGCAUGACCGUGCCUGUGCUUGGUUAUAUCACCGUGAUCUGCACGAUGGCACUCGCAGCCAUCAACCGCCAUGGUACUGCGACACAGCAAAGCUUUCAAUGGACGGUGGCGGGGGCACUGUUCUUUAUGAGCAGUGACCUGAUGAUCGGGAUUGACAAGUUCAUCACAGGCAUCCCCAUGGCAGAUGUGUGGAUCAUGCUGACGUACGUGAUCGGUCAAUACGCCAUCGUCAAGGGCAUCAGUGAAGCUUAG